UCUGCCCGGACGAUAUUUUGGCAUUUUUUAAAAGCCUAAUUUCGCGCGUAGUCUCCCACCGAAUAGAUUCCCAACUGUUUAAGGCCUUUUAUUAGGAUUCGCUUCGCUUGAAAUAUUUCUUCACACCAAUAAUAGAUGAGAUGAUUGUAAUAAUUACUAAUUUUAACCAUUUUUAUGCAAAUAUACGAGAUGUGAUGUCCGAACAUAUGGGGGAAAAGUGAUGUCUGCGGAGGAGGAGAGAAUGUUCAUGAUAAACACGGAUUUCUGCGAUGUUACCCUUGUAAAUCUGGAUUUGGAAUUUUACUCUCUCUGUUAUUCGAUCUUUGAAUAAUAAAGGCUUUGCUGUUUCAAGUGUCACUUUAGAAACUAUUGGAGACUAUCCAUGGCCUGAAAAGUACAGUUUAAGACGGCCUAUGGAUGGAUUUGCAGUUAUCUUAAGCAAGAUAAACACUACGGAUAUUCUGAUCGAAACUUUGCAUUUCUUAAAAUCUAAGCAUAUGAUAAACAGCAAACAAUCAUGGAUCUUCGCUGUGGAUGGAAUGUUAUGUCUUUCCAACAUUGCCCAGUUUCUGGAUGAAGGGGAUCGUGUAAUAGUCGUUGGAGAGAAAGUCACUCAUUCGGAUACUAUUUGCCAAACUGGCGCAUUUGAGAGAUCUCUCGAAAUUUUAGAAAUAUGGUCUUUUCAUUCUGUUGGAAACGGGAGCACGUACUUCCAAAGCCGUGGAUUUUGGAAUUCCUCUGAUAACACAGUACACGUGAAUGAACCAAUAUUCGAUAUUCCUUUUAAAAAUUUCGGAGGGCGUACUCUCAAAAUUUCAGCACUUGGGAGUCCACCCAUUAAAGUGGAACCGCCUCCCGGUACUCCAAGGUGGAACGGAUUUAUUUUCCGUAUCAUCAAUACUUUGGCAGAUAUCUACAAUUUUACUUACAAAGUGAAAGAAGCCGAGGGCCGACUUUAUGGCAUGCAGCAGAAAGAUGGCACAUGGUCUGGCAUGAUUGGAGAACUUACUAGAAAGAGUGCAGACAUGGGAGCAGGCGAUUUAUCUUGGACUCUAGACCGAAGUAUAGCAAUAGAUCUCACCCUUCCUAUUUUUCCUGAGACCUCUACUUUCAUAUACAAAGCGCCUGCCUUUUAUAGUAGGACUUGGAUUCUGUUCCAGGACAUCGACGCCAAAAUAUGGAUUAGUUUGAUGUCCGUUCUGCUUGCUAGCUCCAGUGUUUAUUGCCUGACAUUGGGCUUUCAUGAAAUAUGGAAUCGACAAGAACACAAGAAAGUAAAAGAAAAAAUCUUCUUACAUGCUGCUGUGGGCAGUAUUAGUUCCUUGUACAGAAUACUCAUCGGGCAAGGUAUUUCAUAUAUUCCCUGUGCUGCGUCGUGUCGAGCUAUAUUAGCUGUUUGGAUAAUGGGAUGCUUUGUUCUGAACUCUCUCUACAGCGGUACACUCACUUCGACGCUGAGUCUUCACAAAUCACCGAGGCCUGCGGAUUCUUUACAAGACCUCCUCAAAAAAUAUCCUAAUGCUAAGUUAGCUUUGAGAAAUAAUUCGCAGAUUCACUCAUACUUUAAGGAAUCUCCCUUGUGGCGAAACAUGUGGCUAAAAAAUAUGGAAUCGUAUGUUAUCCCAGGAAAAGUCAAGAUAGCCGAUACGAUGGAGAAAGUACAUGGCCAGCAAGAAGGAUCAUCUGUUUAUGUUUGGGUUGCCGAAAGGGCAAUGCUAGUGAAGAUGAUGCACAAGUAUUCCGAUGAUCCUUUCAUAUGUGAUUUGUACGUUGGUCGUGAAGAUAUAAUACGUUCGGACUGGUCAUUAGCUUUAAUCAAAAAUAGUCCUUUUCUGUCCCAGUUUGAUGCCAAAAUCUUGCGAAUGCACCGUUUCGGUCUUCUAGAGAAAUGGCGCAAAGACUACUGGGAAUCCGCUCAAGGCACUUGCAGACCGAAUGACGGUUUAAAUCCUACUGCUUUGGAUCCAAUUUCCUUUUCGGAUACUAAAGCCAUUUUCUUUGUUCUGGCACUAGGCUGGUUAAGCGGUAUCGUGAUCCUUCUCAUCGAAAGACUUUGCUACAACUACUGAAAUAUUCCACCUGUCCUAAUGUAAGUGCGCUAUGCCUACUAAAUGGGCAAUGUAUAUAUAUAGAGAGAUGCCUACUAAAGGUAGAAUGUAUGUAUAUCUUAAUAACAUAGGUAUCUGCAAUGCA